CCCCGUUGGUUAGGGAUCGCGGAGGAGUAAGGACAUGGCCUGGCGGAGCGGUUCUGCCCGGCUAUUGUACCCCGGCGGAGGUGCCCCACAUGGCAGGUGGACCCACACGCCCACCACCAUUCAGCAGCGCACCUCCCCUCACGUCUGCCCCAACAACAACAACAACAACAACAACAUCCGUAGGCCCUGGCUCCCAGCAGCGGCAGCGGCAGCACAACCGGCGGGGUGGGCGGUGGAUGGGGUGGCCUCAGCAGCGGUGGCGGCGGCCAUGCUGCCUCCUCCUCCGGCUCCUCUCCCUGCUGCUGCCCGAGCCUCUCGGGGCGGGCGGGGCUGUGUAGCGGAGGCUGUGGGGAUGCUGCGGAGCUGCAGAGGGCUCAGAUGCCUGGUGGCACGCCGCCGUCAUACCUGCCCCGCAACCACCUUGCAGUCGAGGGGCUUCAGCAGCCAGGGACAUUCGCCGGCUUGCCGCGGUGUAUAACCCUGAGGAGCCAUUACCGGGCCAUGAGGCCAAGUGGUGGGAGGUCGCUGAGCUCUACAAGGCAGACCUGUCCCGCAACUCCCUCACCUCCCUGCCAGCCGAGUCACAACCAGCUAGCAGAGCUGCCCAUGACGCUGUCGAUGCUCUCCUGUUUGAAGCUCUUGGACGUCUCCAACAACAAGCUGCAGGAGCUCCCUCCCACCCUAGCCGCCCUGCCCGCCCUCGCCGUGCUGCACGCCGGCAAGAACGCCCUGCCGCGACUCCCCCCGGGCUGGGCGGCCGGCAGCAGCCCUCCCUGGCGCUGCUCACGGCGCCUGACAACCGGCUAGAGGAGCUGCCUCCUGGGCUAAGAUCAUGCCGGGGCUGAGCUCCCUGACCGAUCUGGACCUCUCCCGCAACCGGCUGCGCGGGCAGCUGCUGCGAGAGGUGGGGCUGCUGGCCCGCCUGCGCUCCCUCAACCUGCGGGACAACAAGCUGGCGGGGCUGCCGCCCAGCAUCGCGGGCUGUACGGCACUGGUGGAGCUCUACCUGGGUCGCAACCAGCUGUCCUGCCUGCCCCCCGAGCUGGGCCUGCUGGAGGCGCUGCGGACCCUGGAGCUGCGCGACAACAGGCUCACACAGCUGCCGGCAGAGCUGUGUGACCUGAGGCUGGGGCUGCUGGACCUGGCUAACAACGACCUCAGAUCCCUGCCGGCGGAGCUGGGCUCCAUGACCAGCCUGCGCAGUCUGCCACUGGACGGCAACCCGCUCAAGCGCAUCCGCAGGGAGCUGGUGGCAGGCCCCAUCUCCCAGUUGCUCAAGUACCUGGCCAGUCGGCAAGCUGACCCCGAUGCCGCAGCCGGGCCCCCCGCCGGUCCGCCGACCCGCUUGGGCGCCCUGCACUCCGCCUCCGCUGCCCGAUCAGGCAACGUAUUCGGCCUAGACGGCGCAGAAAUGGCGGCGGAAGCGGCGAGGAAGCUCAAGCUGGGUGGCGUGGCGGCGGCGGCCGCUGCCGCCGCUGGCGGCGCCGCCGCAGGCGCCGGCUACGGCAGAGGUGGCGGUGGUGGCGGAGGCGCCGGCGGCGGCGGCGGUGGAGGAGGGGAG